GACGGACGGACCACGGACGUAAAUUUCGGCUCGAACGAACGACUAGGUUGGCUCGCUCCCGCUCGCCAAUAAGUGAGGGCGUGCUAAACAACCACUUCAUGUCGGUGGACCAGACUCCUUCUCCCAACAAUUGAUGGAGGGGAGAGGGCGGUGAUAUUUGACAGGUUCUGGGGAGACCUCCUGCAGGUGGUGGGGGAGGUAACCCACUUCCUCAUCUCCUGGGUCCAGAGACCCAUCAUCAUCUUCAGCGUUAGAAGCAAACCAUGUCGCAUCCCCGUCAUCCCUGGGAGCAAAGGUACUGGUUACAAAUAUUGUGGCAUUCUGAAACUCACCUGAGUUUUGGUCGGGAGUUUACUGAGGCUGUGCAGAUGAAGCAGGUGGCUCAGCAGGAUGCCGAGAGGGCUUGCUUCCUCAUGGAGAAGCUCCUCCUCCACCUCCUCCCCCAAUGGGGGGAACCAAGAAGUUUGAUAGGUCCACAGUCUCCCCCAAACCGGAGGACAAACCGAAGCCAAAGGUGCAGCCGCAGCUGUCGUCAGGAGGAGGUGGAGGAUUCGGGCCGUUUGGAUUUGACCCUUCGUCAGUGAAACUCAAGAAGACCUCAGGUCGCCGUGGGGCCUCUACUCUGCCUAAAGACUCACCUACACCUGGAAGUCCCUCCUCACCUCGAGACAGUGCCACUCCACCUGCCCCUGCCCCUGUAAUUGGGGGUCCUAACUGGAGCAAGGCCCGACCUUCACCCAUCGUGGCCCAGAAACCGAGACGAGACAGUUUCAAGAGAGAUAGCUCCACCAGUUGA